AUGGUUCGACGUUGUGUUUCAAUAGAUCGGCGUCAUCAUCUUCCGUCAUCGUCAAAUGGCGAUUCACAUAAGAAAUUAACAACGCUUUUCCACAAGUCAAGACGACGAGCCGUUGAGAAGAAUAACUCGGCCAUACCCACGGCGGAUCUCUCCACUCUCAAAACGUUAAACAAGAUUGUCGAUUCAAACUUAACAAGGUCUCUUUACCUCGACACCAUCAUCACUGACGCUGCCGAGCUUGGAGGCUAA